AUGUGCGCACAAGAUGCUUUUCAGACCCAGAGAAGCCAGCUGGUGGAGUUGCUGGUCUCGGGGUCCCUGGAGGGCUUUGAGAGCAUUCUGGACCAGCUGCUUUCCCGGGAAGUCCUCUCCUGGGAGGACUACGAGGGGCUCAGCCUCGUGGGCCAACCCAUCUCCCACUUGGCCAGGCGCCUCCUGGACACCAUCUGGAAUAAGGGUGCUUGGGGCCGUGAACAACUGACUGCAGCUGUGAGGGAGGCCCAGGCUGACAGCCAGCCCCCCGAGCUUCCCAGCUCCUGGGACCCCCACUCACCCCACCCAGCCCGUGACCUGCAGAGUCACCGACCAGCCAUCGUCAGGAGACUCUAUGGCCACGUGGAGGGUGUGCUGGACCUGACACAGCAGCGGGGUUUCAUCAGCCAGUACGAAACUGAUGAAAUCAGGCGGCCCAUCUUCACGUCAUCCCAGCGGGCAAGAAGGCUCCUUGAUCUCGCCACAGUGAAGGCGAAUGGGUUGGCUGCCUUUCUUCUACAGUGUAUUCAGGAAUUACCGGUCCCAUUGGCCCUGCCCUUUGAAGAUGCCGCCUGUAAGAAGUACAUGUCCAAGCUGAGGACCGUUAUAUCAGCUCAGUCUCGCUUCCUGAGCACCUAUGAUGGAGCUGAGACUCUUUGCCUGGAAGAAGUGUAUACAGAGAAUGUUCUGGAAAUCCAGACGGAGGUGGGCGUGGCUGGACCGCCGCAGCAGAGCCCUACCACCCUAGGCCUGGAGGAGCUCUUCAGCACGCGUGACCAUUUCAACAAAGAGGCGGACACUGUGCUGGUGGUGGGCGAGGCGGGCAGCGGCAAAAGCACGCUCUUGCAACAGCUGCACCUGCUCUGGGCUUUGGGGCGGGCCUUCCAGGAAUUUUUCUUUGUCUUCCCGUUCAGCUGCCGGCAGCUGCAGUGCCUGGCGAAACCGCUGUGCGUGCGGACGCUGCUUUUCGAACACUGCUGUUGGCCCGACCUUGGCCCCCAGGACGUUUUCCAGGUCCUCCUUGACCACCCUGAGCGCAUCCUCUUAACCUUCGACGGCUUUGAUGAAUUCAGGUUCAGGUUCACGGAUCGGGAGCGUCACUGCUGUCCGACCACCCCCACGUCAGUCCAAAGUCUGCUCUUCAACCUUCUGCAGGGCAACCUGCUAAAGAACGCCCGCAAGGUGUUGACCAGCCGUCCAGGCGCGGUAUCCGCGAGCCUCCGAAAGCACGUGCGCAUCGAACUCAGCCUCAAGGGCUUCUCGGAAGAGGGCAUCGAACUGUACCUGAGGAAGCGGCAUCGCGAGCCUGGGGUGGCCGACCGCCUCCUCUGCCUGCUCAGAGCCACCUCGGCCCUGCAUGGUCUGUGCCACCUGCCCGUCUUCUCCUGGAUGGUAUCCAAAUGUCACGAGGAACUGUUGCUGCAGGGCCAGGGGUCCCCAAAGACCACCACGGAUAUGUACCUGCUGAUCCUGGGACACUUUCUGCUGCACGCCUCCCCGCAACCCUUAGCCACCCAUGGUCUGGGACCCAGCCUGAUUCAGGGCAGGCUCCCCACACUCUUGCACCUCGGCCGCCUGGCUCUCUGGGGCCUGGGCACGUGCUGCUACGUGUUCUCAGCCAAACAACUGCAGGCGGCACACGUCGACAGUGAGGACCUUUCUCUUGGCUUCCUGGUGCGCGCCAAGAGGGUUGCAGCCAGGAGUACGGCCCCCCUGGAAUUCCUGCAUAUCACCUUCCAGUGCUUUUUUGCUGCAUUCUACCUCGCCCUCUGUGCAGACACCCCGCCAUCCUCGCUCAGACAUCUCUUCCAAGGUCACAGGCCUGGAAGCUCGCCUCUGGCCAGGAUGCUCCCCAAAUUGUUCCUGCGGGGCUCCCAAUGCAAAGAGGGCAGCGUGGCCGCUUUGCUGCAGGGGGCCGAGUCACACAACCUCCAGAUCACAGGGGCCUUCCUGGUGGGGCUGUUGUCCCAGGAGCACCGGAGCUUGCUGGCCGAGUGCCAGGCCUCUGAGACGGCACUGCUCCGGCGCCGGGACUGUGUCCGGCGGUGUCUGACCCACAGCCUCCGCGAGCACUUCCGCUCCAUCCCAUCCGCUGUGCCCGGUGAGGCCAAGAGCAUGCACGCCCUGCCCGGCUUCCUCUGGCUCAUCCGGAGCCUGUACGAGAUGCAGGAGGAGCGGCUGGCGCGGGAGGCCGCGCGCAGGCUGAACGUUGGGCACCUCAAGCUGACCUUCUGCAGUGUGGGCCCGGCCGAGUGUGCCGCCCUGGCCUUCGUGCUGCGCCACCUCCGGCGGCCUGUGGCCCUGCAGCUGGACCACAACUCUGUGGGCGAUAUCGGCGUGGAGCAGCUGCUGCCUUGCCUGGGCGUCUGCAAAGCUCUUUACUUGCGAGAUAACAACAUCUCAGACCGAGGCAUCUGCAAGCUGGUUGAACAUGCUCUCCGCUGUGAGCAGCUGCAGAAGUUAGCUCUGUUCAACAACAAAUUGACCGACGGCUGUGCACACUCCAUGGCCAGGCUCCUUGCGUGCAAGCAGAACUUCUUGGCUUUGAGGCUGGGGAACAACCACAUCACGGCCGCGGGAGCCGAGGUGCUGGCCCAGGGGCUCAGAACUAACAACUCCUUGCAGUUUUUGGGGUUCUGGGGCAACCAGGUGGGUGACGAGGGGGCCCAGGCCCUGGCUGCAGCCUUGGGUGAUCACCAGAGCUUGAGGUGGCUCAGCCUGGUGGGGAACAACAUUGGCAGCGUGGGUGCUCAAGCCUUAGCAUUGAUGUUGGAAAAGAAUGUGGCCCUGGAAGAACUCUGCCUGGAGGAGAACCACGUCCAAGAUGAAGGUGUGUGUUUCCUCGCCAAAGGACUUGCAAGAAAUUCAAGUUUGAAAGUCCUGAAGCUGUCUAACAACCACAUCACCUCCCUUGGGGCAGAGGCCCUCGUGCGGGUCCUUGAAAAGAAUGACAGCAUUCGGGAAGUCUGGCUCCGAGGAAACACUUUCUCUCCGGAGGAAAUUGAGAAACUCAGCCACCAGGAUACCAGACUCUUGCUCUGA